AUGGACCCUAUCAACUUGCCGUACGUGGUGGUGCACAAGAACCUCCGUCCGCCAUUAUGUGCCCACAUUCCCACAGUGCUGCAUGACCUGAUGAAGGCAUGUUGGCAUCCCGAUCCAUCCCAACGCCCGUCGUUCCAUGAGAUUCGAGGACUCUUGGACGCUGCGCGGAAACAAGUGAUCCUCAGUUUGAGUAUCGACACCACAGUCUCGUAUGACGAAGCCGUUGCUCUCUUCAACAGGAAAAGCUCCAACGGCAUGCGUGUUGGGUUUGGCCUCAAGUCUGGGCUGCUGUAA